GUUUUAUGUUUAUGUCUUAUGUCAGUCAGAUCGGAAUCAGAGUCAGUUCAGUUCUACAGUUAUUCCUGUUCAUAGUUGUGUUGUUGUGAAUUGGCGGCUUUUGUUUCGCUGUGAAUUAAUACCAAGUGAAGUGAACACUUUUAAACAAUUACAAUGUCUGUACCUGAUUGGUCUCCACAAGUUCAUUGGAAUAAGGAUACUUUAAAAUUAUUAAAUGAGUUUUCCAAGGCUAUUGUAUCUGUGCAACAUGUUAAUAACAUUAUCGAUAAAAGUGACAAGUUUCCUAUAAAAUUUCCAACCAAAUCUAAUAGAUGCAAUUUUCUCAAGUCUGUCGUAAAGGAAGAGAAUUUAACUUCAAAUAUAAACUCAGUUUAUCCAGUCCUACACGAAAGCGUUUUAAAGUUAUGCUGUGAUUUUAUUUUGUUGAAAAGAAGCCAUGGAAAUCUAAUUGAACAAGAGUAUUAUCGAGAUUUGAGUCUUAGAGACCUAAUAAAUAAGUUUUUGUUCAAAAGGGCUGUUGUUUUCUUGAAUGAAGACGAUAGUUAUUUGCUUCUGAACAAUAGAAGUGGAAACGGAAAGUGGGAAACCAUUGGAACUUCCAAUCAAAUAUUGUCUAUUAAAGAAUGUAUGUCAUACGAUGAAAUAAAACUCUCAGCUUUGCUUUCAGUAAGCUCGAUGACAUAUUUUAUAAAUAAAGGCCAUAGAACCAAUAUUGGAAAAUACGAGGCAGAUAGGAGCGUUGUUGAAGAAGAGGGUAUAAUAAUAGGACUAAUAGGACCAAGAUUAGAGAAGAGUAAUGUUAUGGAAUACCAGGAGAUUGUAAUUGAUAAAAAGCAAAAUACUACCAGUAAUGGCUUUGGUACUUCCGUUGAACAUACUAUUCCAAAAUUGUUUACAUCGUUUUAUGACGAAGAAUGUUUCACAUACGAAGAAGCAAUCCAGAGGAAAAAGAGGGUAGAUGAAAAAUUUCACGUCAUUUAUAAAGAUAUGUUGUUUGAUAAUCAUUUAUACUACAAAAGACUAACAAUAUCUAUAGAUACGCUACUGAUUGAAGCUAACUCAAGAGCAAAACAAAAAUCCACCAAGGCGUAUAUACACGUCGUAGGACUUGGAUUGGGCGUAUGGAAAAUUUCCGAUCAUCAGAACAAAAUAUUUAUGGAUUCUUUUGCUAAAAGAUUACAUCGCUGUGGAGGUUACGGAAAUGGUGACACUUUUCACAUAAAAAAUCAUACACAGGGAGGAAUAAAAAUUCAUAUAUUUAACAGAGAACCACAUGCCAAACUAAUAAACGAAGAUGCAGGAAAACUAUUAGUCGUUUCUUAUGCUUGGGAUGGAAAUGCGUUACCAGGAAACGAAUAUUGGCUUGGAAGCUUAGCAGGUAGUGGAGACCCAGCUGCUGCGUGCUCUACUCAAAUAUGUGAAAUACACAAUCCUCACAUUAAUCCUCUUGUUUGUGCUGACAAUUUACAUAUUGUUACGGAAGAUGGUGUUUUUCCCAUAGAAGACUAUAAGAAGUUGGCUAAUGACAAAGCAAACGUAUAAGGGAAAGUUUGAAAUUUGUGAUAUAUUAUCUAAUUAAUUAUUAUAUCAAGUAUUUGAUAUAUUUCAAAAUACUGCAUAAAAACAAAAUUGAAAAUGAAAAUCUAAUUUAAAGUAUAUAUAAAACUAACAAUACUAAUAAAAUGCUUGAAUCUAU